CGCCCAGCAGAGCUGCACCGUCGUCCGCGCGGUGCUGCUAAGCGCUGCACUAUAUACUUCUUCUCCUUGGCCUCUACUCCCUGAUAUCGAGCCAGAGAUACGCCCACAUCCGCCGAGCAAGCAUGACUGAAAAGUUUUCUAGACAGCCCGAAUUCGAGACCCUCCAGCUGCACGCUGGCCAGGAGGUGGACCCUGCGACCAAUGCGCGCGCACAGCCCAUUUACGCGUCAACAGGCUUCGUUUUCAAUGACGUGCAGCAUGCCCAGGACCUCUUUGCCCUCAAGGCGUUCGGUAACGUGUACUCGCGUCGCCGCCUUCACCAGGACGUCUUUGAGAAGCGUAUGACUGCCCUUGAGGGCGGUGCUGCCGCAGUCGCGCUUGGGUCCGGCGUCGCCGCACAGUUCGUGACGUUCGCAACGAUUGCCAGUUGUGGCGACAACAUCGUGUCGUCGGCCUGUCUCUACGGUGGAACCCACAACCAGUUCAAGGUCUUCCUGAAGAAGUCCGGCAUUGGGGCCAAGCUUGUCGACUCACUUAACCCCGAGGACUUCCGCGCCGCGAUUGAUGAGAACACGAAAGCAAUCUUUAUUGAGGUGAUGGGGAACCCCGGCUUCUUCGUUUUGGACAUCCCGGCCUUCGCGCAGGUCGCACACUCGAGCGGGAUCCCACUUAUUGUUGAUAACACCUUUGGCAUGGGAGGAUUCUUGGUCAGACCUAUUGAUUAUGGUGCGGAUAUCGUCGUUCACAGCGCAACAAAGUGGAUCUGCGGGCACGGUACCAACAUCGCCGGAGUGAUCAUCGACUCGGGCAAGUUCGACUGGUCAAGGAGUGGCAAGUUCCCGUCGUUCACGGGGUGCCACGGCCUCAAGUUCUGGGACACCUUCGGCCCAGUCGCUUUCGCGCUCAAAGCGCGUAUCGAGGUCCUGCGCGAUCUCGGCGCGACGAUGAGCCCGUUCACGGCGUUCCUGCUCCUGCAGGGGCUCGAGACGCUGAGCCUGCGUGCGGAGCGGCACAGCGCCAACGCCAUCGCGCUCGCGCGCUUCCUCGAGCGGCACGCGAAGGUGAGCUGGGUGAGCUACGUCGGGCUCCCGAGCCACCCGAGCCACGCACUCGCAAACCGCUUCUUCCGCGAGGGCCUCCACGGUGGCGUGCUGAGCUUCGGCUUCAAGGGUGGCCGCGAGGACGCCAGCAUCGGCAACCGCGUCAUCGACCCGCUCAGGCUCGCGAGCCACAUGGCGAACCUUGGUGACGCGAAGACACUCGUCCUUCAUCCCGCAACGACGACGCACUCGCUGCUCAACGAGGAGGAGCUGGUGGUAGCAGGUAUUACGUCGGAUCUCAUUCGGGUGUCGGUUGGCAUCGAGCACAUCCAGGAUAUCAUUGCGGACUUUGAAGAGGCGCUUAAGACUGUGCCCUAGUGCAAGAUACAAAAGGCAAGACUGGGUUGAUGAUGAUUUAGAAGUGUAGUGAACGAAUCCCCGUGAGGAUUGGCGACACUUGUGCCAGAAUUGUCUUUGAAGGUGUAACAAAGAGGUUUGGGACAGUUUGGGACAAGGGACGCUAUACUGCAGUAACUGCAAGCAUAAAGAGGAGUCUAAUGGUUCAGAUCAAGGCCACGACUAGCUCACAGUGAACGGGAGUGCAUCACACCAUGACCCGGGCGCUCUGCAAUAUAUUUCGUAUUUUUAACACAGUUUCCUC